ACCUGCUUAUAUCGAUAGGCAAAGCAGCUACCGCAGUGUGACCGUGUGGGGGGAAAUAACAAAAUUGAAUUGAAUUCAAACCGCCGAUCCGUUCAGUUUCCAUUCAACGGUUGCUGCGAUCGGUCGAUCGAUGUGAGCGAUCCGCGUUACUGGCGCUAUUCGAAAUUCGAUUUGGCGAGAUAAAAACCGCGAGAAGCCAAAGAACACCGCAAAAGCCGAUUUUAGUUAUUCAAAGUGAACUAUAAAGAGCAGCCAUGAUGAGUGGCCAGCCACUUGGCUGGAGGGUUUGGCUAGUGUCCGGAGUGCUAUUAGUGACUUUUGCUGGGACGGAUGCCUACGGAUUUGGACGUUGCCCGAAUUACCCAUCGAUGCCAAAGUUUAACAUGAGUCGGGUCCUUGGACACUGGUUCGAAGUGGAGCGCUCCUUUUACCUUCCUGAAAUCGCCUCCGGAUGCACCACCUUUCAGUUUGAGCCGUACAACAAGGGUGAUCUAUCCCGGUUUUCCAAUUUCAAGCUGGCUGUGGCCAUUAAAAACAUUAACCGCAUAACUGGCAAUCCGAAUGUGAACAUUGGCUAUGCGACGCCAGAAAACAGUCGAUCUUCCAUCAUGGACUUUAAGUUCACCACCCGAUUUCCGGAUGUAAUUGCCCGACUGCUGCCAGGUUCCGGAAAGUACCAGGUGCUCUACACGGACUACGAGAACUACGCCAUCUUGUGGUCCUGCGGCAGCAUCGGCUCACUGGGCCACUCCGAUCAGAUCUGGAUUCUGGGACGUGAUCGGGACUUCGAGGUGGACGUGCGCUCCAAAGUGUACGACGUGUUGAAGCGACUCUCUCUGGACCCGGAGAGGCUGAUCAUCAGCAAAAACAAACAAUGCCCCGAAGCGCUGUAGGAUGCAUCCCCCAUCUAUAUGUUUAAGUUCAUUCGGUUAAGGAACAAAUUAUUUUUGAUGCCUAAUCAUUUAGGCUGCUGUGAUAUCGAGGAGUGUGAAUCGGCGCAGAGAGGCGAAGCAUCGCAAAUACAGAAACAAAUAAGAGUAA